GUGGAACUCAAUGAAUUGGAGAGAGGCCGGCCGUCUUGAUCCAUUUGUCAUUAUUUUCCUGCUUUUGACCUUGUUUGCACGACAGGCGCCAGCUGCCUGACCCAGAGGCUUGACACAAGCCAGAUGGCUUCGAUUGGUAGGCGCACAGGCUGCCUGGUACUACAAUUGAUGAUACCGAAUAGGAAGACCUUUUAUGAUCAGCUGCGGGGACUGAGUUAAGAAUGCAGCUCUGCUAGCUGUUGUUCCCUGCUUCUUGCCUCUUGUUUCUUGGUGGAAGUGUCCCAGUGAUGUCCGCAUUCAACCUGCUGCAUUUGGUGACAAAGAGCCAGCCAGUAGCCCUUCGUGCUUGUGGGCUUCCCUCAGGUUCAUGUAGGGAUAAAAAGAGCUGCAAAGUGGCCUUCCCCCAGCAGGAGUUGAGGAAGCGUUUGACAGCCCAGCAGUACCAUGUGACUCAGGAAAAGGGGACAGAGAGUCCUUUUACAGGAGAGUACACAUUAUACAAAGACAAAGGGACCUAUAAUUGUGUUGUCUGUGGGACUCCCCUUUUUACGUCUGAAACCAAGUUUGACUCUGGAUCUGGUUGGCCAUCUUUCUAUGAUCUGCUGGAUUCUAAUGCAAUAACGCUGGUUGAUGACUUUUCCCAUGGUAUGCACAGGAUUGAAGCAAGCUGCAGCUAUUGUGGUGCACAUCUGGGACAUGUCUUUGAUGAUGGGCCCCGUCCAACUGGUAAACGGUAUUGUAUAAACUCUGCCUCAUUAUCCUUUAUACCCACGGGCCAGAGCUCAACUGAUGAAGGCAACGAUCCUACCCCAUCUGGCAAGACUGAACUUUAGGCUACAGAGGGCUGAUGAAUGGGGUUAUUACUUCACAAGCCUGUGCUCCAGCGACAAACAUCUUUGUGCAUUUAAAGUAAUAAAGUAACAAGUUAUUUAAACACACACAAGUAAAGCUCUUCUGCACAAAACAAUGAACUUACUUAACGUGGAUAAGAGUAUCCUUGUAAUUUUUUUUUCUCCAUAGGAUGUAGAUUGUAACGGAGCAAGUCAAUGUGGUUGGGUUUUGUAAACUGUGGGAGUUCUACCAUGUAGCAUAGAAAAUCCAUUGUACUCUCCCAGAGCAGCAUAGCAUGGCACAGGGCAGUCAGGAAAAGCAAGGUAUUAGCAGUUUCCUCAUAAUGUAAUUUGGAGACUGCCAGGAAUGCCUGACAAUGAAGUGCAAUGGCAAGAGAAAGAAAAGUUCAAGCGCAGGUCACAAUGUCCUGAACAGAGAAAAUCAGGACAGCUGCAGCAUGUUUGAAGCCUAUGUAUUCUACACUACCCUUAAAAUUAUUUUGAUGAAAUGGACAUGUAAAUUACACAUUUUCCCAUAUCUUUUACUCAGAACUUGUUUGUAAAAAUACUAUUGCCUAAUAAAAAAAACA